GUGCACCGUGGACGCUUCUGAAUUUUUAUCCAAAUUUCUUUUCCCCUAGUCUGGUAAACCCUAUAUUUCGAAAAGGAUGUCGCCAGCAGCUGUGGUUGAAGCCGUUAAGCCUGAGCCCGAGGAGGUUCCUUCUACUGAGGAACCCAAGCAGCAGCUUCAGAGCGAGGAGGCUGUGGUUGAAGAUGUUAAGGAAGAUGAGAAAGAACAUGACGACGACGAUGAGGACGAUGAGGAAGAUGACGAUGAUAAGGAAGAUGAUGCCCAAGGUGCUAAUGGAAGUUCUAAGCAGAGCAGAAGUGAGAAGAAGAGUCGAAAGGCCAUGUUAAAGCUAGGCAUGAAGCCUGUCACUGGUGUAAGCAGGGUCACCAUAAAGAGAACCAAAAAUGUACUGUUUUUCAUUUCGAAACCUGAUGUCUUCAAGAGCCCAAAUUCCGAGACCUAUGUCAUUUUUGGUGAGGCUAAGAUAGAGGAUUUGAGCUCUCAGCUACAGACACAAGCUGCCCAGCAGUUCAGGGUGCCAGACAUGGGCUCUUUGACUGCAAAACCAGACACUUUUACUACGGCUGCUGGAGCACCGGCUGAUGAGGAAGAAGAAGAGGUUGAUGAGACUGGUGUAGAGCCCAGGGACAUUGAUUUGGUCAUGACACAGGCUGGGGUUUCAAGGGCCAAGGCUGUCAAGGCUCUCAAGAGUACCAAUGGUGACAUUGUGAGUGCUAUUAUGGAGCUUACCACUUAGGUAGUAUCUGUCAGUCUUAUUGUUCAACUUGGUAGACUGUCGAUGAGUGCUUGGAACUAGAACUAGCAGUGGCGGUGGUUUAGAUUACCCUUUCAUUGUUUCACUUGAAAUUUAUAUAAUUUUCUCGGAACUCAUUAUCAGUGUAUUUGCAACUGAUUGUUUCCUUGCCCAUUUCUAAAGCAUUUUUUGCCCA